UGAGUCUGAAGCAGCAUACACCGGCAGGACUGGUUCCCAUAGAGGCGAGUGAUAAUGUCUGCCCCGUGUAUGUGCUCUCACAAUUUCAUCCCUUGAAACGCGACAUUUCGGAAAAGGACGACUGUUAUUCCGCACAGACAUUUGGUGAUAAUGAAGAAAUAAACCACUUCAUCACUCGACCUUGAACCCAAACACCAUCAAACUUGUAGCUGUGUAAAGAUAAAAUUAAAAAAAAAAAAGUGACUUUUCACAGCCCUGCCCUUCCAGCCCACCAGCCGAAAAGACUUUCCACCCUUCGCCCUUGAUUGCUUUAUCAAAUGCCAAAAAACAGCAAGGCCGUCAAGAGAGAGCUUGACGACGAUGUCACAGAGUCUGUCAAAGACCUGCUUUCCAACGAGGACGCCUGCGACGAUUCCUUCAAGAAGAGCUCGCUGAUCGUCAACAACCAUGAAGGGGAAAGGAAAGAGUGCGAUGUGGAAGAAGGGGGCUCAGAUGGCGAAGAGGAGGAACGCCCGGCCUGGAACAGCAAGCUCCAGUACAUCCUGGCCCAGGUUGGCUUCUCUGUAGGCCUGGGUAACGUCUGGAGGUUCCCUUACCUGUGUCAGAAGAACGGAGGGGGAGCAUACCUGGUGCCCUAUCUCAUCCUGCUGGUAUUGAUUGGCAUCCCGCUGUUCUUCCUGGAGCUCGCCGUGGGACAGCGGAUCCGCAGGGGCAGCAUCGGGGUGUGGAACUACAUCAGCCCUCGGCUGGGGGGCAUCGGCUUUGCCAGCUGUGUGGUGUGCUUCUUUGUGGCUCUCUACUACAAUGUCAUCAUCAGCUGGAGUCUCUUCUACUUCUCCCAGUCCUUCCAGCAACCUCUGCCAUGGCACGAGUGUCCACUCAUCAAGAACAAGACCAGUACAUAUGUGGUGCCGGAGUGUGAGAAGAGCUCGGCCACCACCUACUACUGGUACCGCCAGGCCCUGGACAUCUCUGACAGCAUCUCUGAGGGUGGGGGACUCAACUGGAAGAUGACACUGUGUCUGCUGGCUGCCUGGUUUAUGGUUUGCCUCGCCAUGAUCAAGGGAAUCCAGUCUUCUGGGAAGGUGAUGUACUUCAGCUCCCUGUUCCCAUACGUUGUGUUGAUUUGCUUCUUGAUCCGGGCUCUGCUCCUGAAGGGCUCCAUAGAUGGGAUUCGACACAUGUUCACACCCAAGUUGGAGAUCAUGUUGGAGGCUAAGGUGUGGCGAGAGGCCGCCACGCAGGUGUUCUUCGCGCUGGGCCUCGGCUUCGGCGGCGUCAUCGCCUUCUCCAGCUACAACAAGAGGGACAACAACUGCCACUUUGACGCCGUCUUGGUGUCUUUUAUCAAUUUCUUCACCUCCGUGCUGGCCACCCUGGUGGUGUUUGCUGUGCUGGGCUUCAAAGCCAACAUCAUGAACAGCAAAUGCAUCGCACUGAACACCAAUAAGAUUGUGGCAUUGCUGGGUAAGGGCAUCGAAGAAAGCCUGAUCCCCCACCACAUCAACCUCACUCAGGUCAGUCAAAUCAGCGCUGAGGACUACCAUCAGAUGAUAGGCAUCAUCAAAGGGGUGAAGGAGGACGAGUACCAGAAACUGGGCCUGGAAUUCUGCAGCAUUGAGGAUGAGCUCAAUAAGGCAGUCCAAGGCACAGGCUUGGCCUUCAUUGCCUUCACAGAGGCAAUGACCCACUUCCCAGCCUCGCCCUUCUGGUCCGUCAUGUUCUUCCUCAUGCUGGUUAACCUCGGCCUCGGCAGCAUGUUCGGCACCAUCGAGGGCAUCCUCACUCCGCUGAUAGACACUUUCAAAGUCCGCAAGGAAUUUCUUACAGUGGGAUGCUGUGCGUUGGCCUUCUCCAUUGGUCUCCUGUUUGUUCAGCGCUCAGGGAACUACUUUGUGGCCAUGUUCGAUGACUACUCGGCUACUUUGCCUCUGCUCAUAGUGGUCAUACUGGAGAACGUGGCCAUCGCUUGGUUUUACGGGAUCGAUAAAUUCUUUGAAGACCUGAAGGACAUGCUGGGCUUUACGCCGUACCGUUUCUACUACUACAUGUGGAAGUACAUCACGCCCAUCCUGCUGCUGGUUCUCCUGUGCUCCAGCUUCAUCCAGCUGACCAUGACACCGCCCAGCUAUAGUGCCUGGAUACAGGAAGAGGCCAAAGAGCAGACCUUGCGCUUCCCUCCAUGGGGCAUCGUAGUCUGCAUCUCCCUGGUGGUGAUGGCCAUCAUGCCUGUGCCUGUGGUCUUUGGCCUGCGCUACUUCAACAUCAUCGACGAGAACACCAGCGGCCUUUCCAGUGUUUCCUAUAAGAAGGGCCGCAUCAUCAAAGAGAGCGUCCGCCCGGAGGAGGACGACGACACCAGCCUGAUCCAAGGCAAGUCGCCCAGCGAGGCGCCCUCACCGAUGCCUGGCAACAGCAUCUACCGCAAGCAGAGCGGCAGUGGUGGCCCUGAUGUGGACACUGCACCCAACGGCCGUUAUGGUAUUGGUUACUUGAUGGCCGACAUGCCGGAUAUGCCCGAGUCGGACUUAUAGACUGACUGUAAUUGUAAGCCCUGCCCGGCCGUACCGGCUGGCCACUCCUCCCCUCCACCCCUCUGCGUGCGUUUAGUUGGCUGUAUCAUCAAUGUAUAUUUCACUUGUACUGUAUAUUCUUUGUAGAUAUCGUAGCUGCUCUCUGUUUGUUGUCUCGGAACCUUAUAUGAUUGUCUACCUUACAAAAAAAAAAAAAAAAAAAAGUGUUUAAGAUUAAACGUCAUCCUUGUCUGACCCUUGACCCAUUUGCUCGACUGCGCCCCAAACUCAUUUCUAUCUCCUGCUCCCUCCAGCCUUUGCUUCCUCCUCCUUGCAGAUCCUGCAGGAGAGAACAGGUGUAAGCAAUAAGGUGGAUGGUCCACCAGGCCUACUUGAACAAGCAUCUACAAAGAGGAGUAUGCAAAGGAGCGGGUCAGGGGGUCAAGAGGUCAUUUUGGGACUGUGCCUGUGUCUGUGGACAGUAAAUUAAGCCAGCUUUGAGUCCUGCUGUAAAAAAAAAAAAAAAAAAAAGGUUGUAUACAUUAUGACCCCUAACUGCUGGCCAACAAGUACUUAAGUACUGAGAUUAGUAGCAGCGGAGCCACUUUGGAUGGCAUGACAUUUCAAGACUGAACAGAUUUUUCAUGGUGAAAUUUCAAAUCGUUCCAGUUCAAACAGUGAGAGGAUGGCCUUUGAAAACCACUCCCAUGAUUGUUUGAGAUAAAAGUGUGCCUAAGUAAUUUAUAUUUGUUUAUAGAAUACAUGAUGGACAUUGUAAAUUUAAGGUAUUCUGUAAAUAUAAUAUAAAUAUUAUAAAUAUAUUUAUCUUGAUAGUUUGGUUAUCAGAACACCAUGUUUUUAAGGUUCAGAAGUACUUCAAAUCCUUAACUCUCAUCUCUUUGUUUUUUUACUAAUGUGUUUGUGAGGAGUCCUCAUUGUAAAUAAUUUUUCCAUGAAAUGGCUUCAAAUGCAAUGUCUUUUUUUUCCCCUGUCAAGAUUAAACAUCAGAUAUGGUCCAUA